AUGACUUCUCGCAAGCAUAACGAAUUUCUGGAUAUAGAAGCCAGUGAAGAUGAAGUGAACGACCGCGGCUACGACUCCGAAGAGAACGUGGCAAAGACCAAAGGCCGAGCCGUGAAGCGGCGGCGAACAGCAGACGGACAAGAUCUUUUCGGGCUAAAGUCCGAUGAGGAAGAUUCAGCAGACGAAGCCGAGUCAGAGGAAGAGAAGUCGCGCACAGAGGUGAAGGGCAAAACACGCAAACAGACCAAAGGAAGACUCGAAUUAGCCUCUGAAGACGAAGACGAAUUCUCCGAAGAAGAAAUUGGCCAAGACGGCGCACUUCUCGAGAUAGACGACGACAAAUCAGCCUCCAAGUCCAAGACAAAAUCCAAACCGCUCACACUGAAAGCGCUCAAACCGCCCAAAAAACCCAAAAAGACCGGUAUCAUCUACCUGUCCUCGCUCCCGCCAUACCUCAAGCCCUUUAGCCUGAAGUCGCUAAUAGAAAAGCGAGGAUUCGGCCCAAUUACAAAAGUUUUUCUGUCACCGCUUGUACCCAGCAACUCCGGUGCACGGAAACGCAGCAACAAGCGCCAACUCUAUACAGACGGCUGGAUCGAGCUUCCCAAGAAAGUAGCUAAGAUCUGUGCCGAAGCAUUGAAUGCCAAUAUUGUCGGCGGGCGGAAGGGCGGCUGGUACCACGAUGAUGUAUGGAAUAUGAAGUACCUGCGCGGAUUCAAGUGGGAGGAUCUUAUGGAGCAGGUGCAGCGGGAGAGGUCUGAGAGGGAGGCUCGGCAGCGGGUCGAGGAUGCGCGGGCUAAAAAGGAAGAGAAGAUCUUCCUUGCUGGUGUUGAGGCUGGUCGUGUGGCUGAUGGUAUGGCGAGGAAGAAUGAGGAGAAGAGGAAGCGUAAGCUUGAGGCUGCGGGUGGUGAUGAGGACGUUGUUGAGAGGAAAGCUCCUGCUGUGCGGAGACGCUUCGUGCAAAAUAAUGUUGUGGGAAGUGAUAGGAGCCAGGGUAAGCUUGGUGAUGAUGCGAAGAGGGUUUUGGGUAAGAUCUUUUGA